AUGGGCAGCUCGACCUGCUUCGCAGGGAUAUGUCCCCAGCAAUCUGCAGAAGCAGAUGUGUUAGUUGUGGGUGCAGGACCGGCUGGCAUCUCUGCGGUACUGGCCUUGCAGCUGCAGAAGAGGCGCAUCUUCUGGGUGGAUCCGGCUUUUCAGUCUGGCCGGUUGGCACGAUAUCUGACCGUGCCAUGCAACACCAAAGUGGACAUACUGGCGGGCGACCGCAACUUCCGGCAUCCGCUUCUUCAGCCGGUGGCGAGCUGUGUAACACCGGCUCUCCAGAAGUUAAUCGCAGAGGCAGAGCCGCUUGCAGAGAGCACUGACCCUUCAGAACUGGGAUGGACGACGCUGGGAUCCUGCAAGCACAUCUAUGACGCUGUCACCACAGGCUUGUCGCACGCUGGAGGUGUUUCGCGUUGCUUUGGCAAGGUGACUCGAUUGACACGUGUUGGAAGCCACUGGGUGGCAGCAGUUGAUGCCGCAGGCAGUCGAACUUCUGUCAAGGUGCAGUGCGUCGUCCUGGCCACAGGAGCGGAACCCAAAGCCGCACCUUUGCCAAAUGCCAUGUCUGCCGAGACAACCUUUGACGAGGCUUUGCUCCGGCAGCGACUGCGGCCAAACCAGCGCCUGGCCGUGCUGGGGAAUUCUCAUACAGCCGCAGUGGCUCUCGCCAAGCUCAGCGAGCUCGCUGGGCCUAUGUCGCUGUCAAUCACCUGUUUCUCAAGACGUCCUUUGCGCUGCGCCGAAUGGCUGGAGGAUUCAAAUGUGUAUCGCUACAACUCAACAGGACUGAAAGGCUUUGGAGCCGUCUUCGGUCGCAAGUACAUGGUCCAUGGGACAAGUUGGCUAGAAAUCAAACACAUCAAGGAAUUCUUGCCCGAAGAAUGGGACUGGGUCAUCGACUGCACUGGAUAUGUCAAGAGCCAGCUGCCAACCAUCGAUGGGGUGAAAGCACAAGAACUACCACGGGACGAGGUUUCUGGUGCUUUGCUCGGCGCUCCUCCAGGGGUUUUUGCUUUGGGCGUGCCUUGGGGGGAAGCGCCUGGAAGGCUCUGGGGCCAGGGUCGUGAAGCCGAGGAUGGCUUUCGAGGCGAAGACACAUUCGUCGGAUUCGCCAUGUUCUUUGCCCGAGCUGGCUUGAUUGCAGAUGAGAUCCAUCAAGUGCUGGAAUGCAAGCAGGCGGCAUGA